AUGUCGAAGAAUAAAAAACUGUCGCUGUCGGGCGGCGAUACGACGGAGAAAUUUAUUUACAAACCCAAGGAUCUGAUAUGGGCCAAAAUGAAGGGCUUCACUCCGUGGCCAGGAAUGAUUGUCGAUCCUCCACUUGAUCUGCUCAGCCAGCAGCGUCGGGCGAAUACCAAAUGCGUGUUCUUCUUUGGAUCUAGGAAUUUUGCCUGGAUUGAGGAGAACAACAUCAAGCCCUUCGAAGGACCCUGGAAGGAGGAACUGGCCAAGGUGAGCAAGCCCGCUGCUUUCCGACACGCCAUGACGGAUAUCGAAAAGUACAUUGACGACCCCGCCGAGGUGGACGAGCAGGUGAACAAAAGCUGCGGUGCGCCGAAUCACGCAACCGAGGCUGAUUUUGACAAGAUCCGGGAUGGCCUGGACAGCGAGGAGAUUGCGGGAGAGGAAGCAAAUGCCGAUGGCAACAAUGGAGUGGUGGCCCAUGUGGUGGGCAGCCCCGAUGAGGGCGAUGGCUUGGAUGUGGAAAUCAAUGCAGAUUCAUCAGCGUCACCAGUCCCGACGCCGGCGGUCACAACGAAGGCAGCUGGCAAGCGGACGCCGAAAGCAAAGUCUGUGGCCGCUACAUCGGUCAAGUCGACAAAAGGAUUGGCAAAAUCAGCACAGAAACGGCGUACAUCUGCCCAACACUCGCCCAGUGGGCCAUCGAAUGCCAAGCGAGGCAAGCGGGAAGUUUCCCGGGAGGCAUUGCAGGACGCGGAUGAAGCCAGCUCCACGCCCACUGGCCGACGUCGGGUCGAGACUGACGCACUCUUGGCCUCAAUCGCUGCCAAGCGUGCACCGAAUGCAAUUGCUCUGCUUGACCGACCGGUUGUCACGCGGCCAGAGGCUCAAGUUAUCGAUAUGACCUCGCGCUCCAACACAUUGGCCGAUCGCGAAAUCGUGCCUUCAGAGCAGACCUUCGGCUUCCUGGGUCUUGGCAUGAUGGGAUCCACCAUAGUCAAGGAUUUGAUCUACACGGGUCACAAGGUUGUGGUCUGGAACCGCACCAUUGACAAGUGCCAACCGUUUGCCGAAGCCGGCGCUGAGGUUAAGGACACUCCCAUGGAUGUUGUGGAAGCUGCCGACAUUAUCUUUUGCUGUGUGUCCGAUCCAAAGGGCGCCAAGGAUCUCGUAUUUGGGAACUGCGGCGUUCUGCAGUUGAAGGACUUGAACAAUAAGGCCUACGUUGAAAUGUCUACAAUAGAUCCGGACACUUCGUUGGACAUUGGCGAGGGCAUCAAGCAGUGCAACGGUCGCUAUCUUGAGGCACAAAUUCACGGCUCGCGCCAGGAGGCUGCCGAUGGCAUGCUCAUCAUUCUCGCCGGUGGAGAUCGUUCAGUGUUCGAGGAGUGCCACUCGUGCUUCAAGACCAUUGCCAAGAACACCUUCUUCUUGGGGACAGAUAUCGGUAACGCCUGCAAAGUAAACCUAAUUUUGCAAACCAUUUUGGGAGUGAGUCUGGUCGGAUUGGCUGAGGCGUUAGCACUUGCUGAUCGUUUCUCGAUCUCUCUGAACGACAUCAUAGACAUUUUGGAUUUGACUUCAAUGAAAUCAACCAUGCUGCUGGCUAAGGGCAAAGAAAUGGCCAAGGGUGACUUCAAUCCCCAGCAGCCUUUGAGCCACAUGCAACGCGACUUGCGCUUGGUGCUAAACAUGGCUGAGAAUCUGGACCAGUCCAUGCCCGUCACCAGCAUCACCAACGAGGUGUUCAAGCACACCAAGCGCUUGGGCUACAGUGAACACGACUCGAGCGCCGUAUUCGUAAGAUCCAGAUUUUAACAUUUAGUUAACACGACUAACGUUUAAACUAUGUUUUAUCAAUUAGUUUAAAGCGUACACCGAACAGAACCGACAGAACCGACAAACGACUGACUAAAAAAAAACCAAACAGGACAGUAAUAGAAACGCAUAACCCUCACUUAUCCACCCACCAAUCCAAACUGACAGAGGCGUUCGUUCGCAAGGAGUUCUCCUACCCUUGCGAUUGGCGGCGUCACCCCAACCUUCUGCAUCUUCCCCAAUCGCCCCAUAUACAAAGCGUUUAUUGCAAUAUGGUUCCGAUUCGCUGGGAAUAGCAUAACCGUGUCGUCCUGCUUUGGACGCAGGAGCCACUGAAGUGUGCGCUUGGGUGAGAUGUGUUCAACAGCUGGCGGAUGAAGAGCACAGUCUUUCCGGGAUCACUUCAAUCAAGUUUUUUGUAUCGUAUUCUUGACGGGUGAAACGUAAUCCCCAGAGAGGAGGGAGGAGGCCAGGGCGCCGUGUUUCCGAUUUUAUAUGUGUAAGGUCUUGCUUUCCAAAUAUCAUUUUUACGCAUGUGCAUACAUAACUUGUAAUUGUAUAGAAUACUGCAUCCGAAUAAAAUGUACAAAGCAUACUUGUGAAAGACAACGCCGAUUUUGCGAAACCGAGCGAAGCAUUGACCCCCCAAAGUGUGUCGAUCCAACCUCCCAACCUCCCACUUUUUUUGUGCAUUUACUCCAGUCCUAUAUUAUCCUGUAUACAUUUAACACCCCCUUUUUUUCUAAGAGUUAACACUAGUAAUCGGUCAUACUGCGUAGAAGGGCGAACAUAUUUGGAGUGACGGUAACGACAGAUUGGUUUAGUUUUAGCCAUCUCUCCCCAUCAUAUGUCACUGCAACAAACGAGACAAAACCUGAAACGGAAAAAAACGGUACAGAACGCACCACAACCGAUACACAACCGAUACGAAAACGUAAACUACAACAAAAACUGGAAGAAAACAAAAUAGAGUAAACUUUGAUCGACCCCUUUGCGUGGGUCGCUAUUAAUAAUAAUAAUAAUAAUAUAUAAUAAAUAAUAUAUUUUACUUAUUAUUUAGUCUGUAUUUUGUUGUAAAACAAAGAUUAAUAAAAAGAUAAUUUUAAUAGAGGAUGUAAGGAAA